CCUGGGACCUGCGUUCUUCAGCGCUCCACUUCUGUAUUAGGACUGCCGACCUGUUAGCGGGACCAUGAGUAGCAAACCGUGGACAGAGGAGCAGUUUAACUGCCCAGUGUGUCUGGAUCUCCCAAAUGACCCGGUCACCAUCCCCUGCGGACACAGCUACUGCAUGGCCUGCAUCAAAGACUACUGGAGCAAAGACGACCCUAAGGGGAUCUACAGCUGCCCGCAGUGUCGCCAGACCUUCUGUCCAAAGCCGCCUCUGUCCAGGAACACCAUGCUGGCGGAAGCUGUGGAGCAGCUCCGACAGAACCCUCACAGGUCUGAUGGGAAUAAAAGCAUCCGCGGAAGUCGAGCCGGAACCAAGCUCUCCUCCUCGGCUGUGCAGUGCGACAUGUGCAAGAGCAAGGCCAAGGCAGCUGUCAAGAGCUGCCUGGUGUGCAUGAGCUCCUACUGCGAGGCCCACCUCAAGCCCCACCAGACCAAGAAGGCCCUUAAGCAGCACGAGCUGAUUGCACCGACCUCCAAUCUGUCGGAGAAGAUCUGCACCCAGCACAAGUACCUGCAGGAGUUCUAUUGCCGCCAGUGCAAGAGCUUCAUCUGCUGGCUUUGCACCAGCGACCUGCACAAGGGUCAUGACAGCGUGUCCACCAAGACUGAGCGCCUGGAGAAGCAGAAAGUGAUAUCAGAGAUGCUGACGGGAAACCAGCAGAAACUGAAGGAACGAGAGCAGGAGCUGAAGGACAUGAAGAAGAUGAUGGAGGGGAUGAAGCGCUCCGCAGACAAGGUGCACACCGACAUGGGACAGGUCCUUGUGGAGCUACAGCGCUCUGUGGAGCGGCUGGAGGAGCUCCUGGAGGAGGUGCUGGAUCAAGCCAACCUGGACAAGAUGAACCAGGCUCAGGAGGUCACUGACAGCUUGGAGGCUGAAAUCAAGGAGCUGAAGAAGAGAGGGGAGGAGAUGAAGGACCUGUCCAGCUGUGAAGACCACAUUCAUUAUCUGCAGACAUACGAGUCCAUGUGCGGCCCCCUGGAGAGCGGAGACCUUCCUGUAGUCAACGUCAACCCAGAUGCUUCCUUUGAGCCUGUCAUGAACGCCAUCCUGGACCUCAGGGAGCGAGUGGAGGACAUGUGCAACCAGGAGCUGGGGAAGAUCUCCAAACAAGUCAACGACGUGAUUCUGUUCACCCUGGGAGACUCAAACCGAAAUGGACCGAAAGGAGGGCUUUUAAAAUUGUUUUCUGGUCUGGGAUCUCGCAACGCAAACAGCCGCUCUCCAUCUUCCACACCGACUCUCUCAUCGGGGCCCCGUGGAGCUGACAGGCGAGGCGUCGGAUAUAAAAGUCAGGAUGUGAGGAGCAGGGACACGAGAGGAAACACUGACUCACCCAGACAGAGACAACGGAGAGAUGAAAGAGAAAGAGAGUCUGUGAGGGAGCCCAACCUCAGACCCAGUCCCAGUUCCAGACCCAGUUCCAGUCCUCGACCGAGUCCCACCCCGAGCCGAAGAGAGUCCCACUCCUUGUGGAGCAGGUCCAGUCAAAUGCAGGCAGCUCCCGCCCCAGCACAGACCCCUGCCACUCCUGCUGCACCGGCUCCAGCUCCAGCUCCAGCACCAGCUCCAGCACCAUCAAGAAGUUUUAGCCGCAUGGCUUCCAUCAGCAGCAUCUUCCGCUCUCAUCGUCGAGGCACAACUCCUGCCACACCUGUUAACUCGGACGUCAGCAACACACAAGCUGCAGGGACAAACCCAUGGGGCGUUGCUGCUCUGCCUGAAACUCCGACAGACAUCAAUCCCGGUCUCUUCCUGGACUCUCCGUCACCCACGAAUGACAUGCCUGCUUUUCCUGCGUUGAGGGAAAUUAACCUCGACAGCAUCCAGGCACCGGAACCGAGGUCCAGAGAGGAUUUCCUGCAGUAUUCCGUGUCCCUCACUCUUGACCCAAACACCGCUCACCGACGGCUGGUUCUGUCCGAGGGCAACACCAAGGCAACCCUGCAGGGGGCGUCUAACCCGUAUCCCGACAUCCCUCAAAGGUUCGACGGCUGGACCCAGGUCAUGUGCCAGAGCCCGCUCAGCAACCAGAGUUCUUACUGGGAGGUGGAGUGGAGAGGACGCGGCUCCUCCAUGGGGGUAGCUUACGGGGCCUUGACCAGGAAAGGUGCAGACGCCAGGGCGGCGCUUGGUUACAACGCUCAGUCUUGGACCGUGGAGCUGUCCGACACCUGCUGCUCCGCCUUGCACGACAACGAGAAGAAGGACAUACCGGUCACCUACUCGCCGCGCGUGGGCAUCUUUCUGGACAUGUCCGCGGGCACGCUGGCCUUCUACAGCGUGGCCGGGACCAUGACACACCUUCACACCUUCCGGGCCAACUUCACACAGCCACUCUACGCCGUCUUCGGAGUGGGAAGUGGCGUUGGAGUUGGUUUGGACUUUGCACUUGGUCAGUUCAACUCCACCUCGGACAGCAUCAAAAUCUGCCCCAUGUAAUCACGCAGUUCAGCUGCCUGACUGAACGUUCCUCUGUCUCAAUGUCAGCAGAAACAUGAAGAUCAAUGUGUGAAAUAACUGUGCAGAAAACAGCACCGAUCAUGAGAAUUUAUGACACACACAACAGACAACAACAAUUCAUCAUUUUCCUUGGCUUUAUUUUAAAAAAGAGGCAUCAGAAUUCAAGCUAUUACAAGUUUACAGGUCCUCUUCUUACACAACAUCGGGCCACACAGGAAUUUCCUGAAGCCACAGACACGUGACCUUUGAGGGCAGUAGGGUCUUAUACCAAGAUGGCUGGACGCAACUUCUAUAAAUUAAUAAAAAAUAAAAACAGUCUCCAUAUUUCUUUCUUCAGCCCUACAAACAAAACAUUUUCAAACUACUCAUCCAUCUGAUGUGAAAACAUGGUUUUGGCUUUAACCCCAGACCAGAGUUCCCUUUUCUGAAGGAGCACAAUAUCUGGAGCAAAAUGAUGGAUAAAACACUGCAUAAAUGCGACGACCAAAUGUUAGUCAAGGUCGUCACUAAGCCUUUAAAUAACAGGCACACAUUAAUUACAUCUACAUAUUCUCUUCCAUAUUUUAGCAUCUGUAUACUACAACAUCUGUCAAAGAAAACGCAACGAAAAGUGCGGCAAGUUAGUGCUGGAAUAAAAAGGUCACGGGGAGUCAAGUGCAAGCCAAGAGCUGGCCUGUGGCAAACAGAAAGGUAUAUACAGUUGCGGACACUGGGUCGACCAGUAACACCAAUCACACUAAAAAAUAAAAAAUAAAAAUAAAUCGAACCUCAACGUGA